GCGCCCUUUGAGAAGGGGGGUUUCCAGUCGGCUCCUUGGGCAGCGGGGCGUCUUCUACGUCUUCGCCAUGUGAGAUAUGUCUCGGCCUCUGGACCUUCCUAUUCCCAGAUUCUCUCUCUUUCUGUGCAUUUGAUUCUUAUCAGAUCCUCCUUUCUAAUGCCCCCAGGAACCUUCUCACCUCUCGAUCCUCUCUGUAACCAGAUGUUAAGAUUGGGGCAAUUUCCCACUAAGAAGAAGACCAAUGGGUUGCACUUCUUCUGUUUACGCUGUUGGGAGGAAGAAGAAACUGAGCAUCCCCGAGAUGGUUAUGUUUGUUCCUUCCAUACGAAUUCCUGUGCAAUCUGAUCUUCAGAGACCUCUUAGAGGGCUUAUUUCUAAAGAUCUUGCUGAUAGACUGUCUUCACUUCGUAAUCAGAUUGUGUUGGUGGCUGAGGAUACUGGUGGAUCUGCUAUUACAGAAUUGCGGCGAGUUCUGGAGGAGUAUCUAUCUGUUUUGAUUUGUCUAACAAAGAAGGAAACCAUAGAUGAUGGACUAAUAGAGUUCAAAUGGAGAAAUUUAGAACAUGGACGACAAGAAAUAUGUGUAGCAAACUUCUGGUUUGAAUUGCUAUCUGUUCUUCACUUAAUGGCCAUGCUGACUCUAUCAGAAGCUGACUCCUUGAUGAUCCCCAAGGAUCCCACUGGUUCUGGUUUGAGAGUAGUGUCCUCAGAUUGCAAGAGGGAGGCCAUUGAUUUACUUCUUAAAGCAUCGGGGUACCUCGAUUGCUGCAUUCGGGAUAUUCUGGUCCACAUUCCAUUUGAUAUCAAGAAGCGAAUGCCUAAAAGUUUUCAGCCUGGUGCGCUUGAAGCCAUGUCAAUUCAAACAUUGGGUCAGGGAACUGAAAUCCAACUUGGUUUAGCUGUUGAAAGUCAGAAUGCCACCUUAUCUGUUAAAAGGAGAUUGGCUUGUGAGCAGUUGGUCUAUUUCAGCCAGGCUUACCAAUGCUUAUCAGAAUGCGACACGGAUCGAGGAUACGAAAAGAAGCACAUGUCAUUCAUCAAAUGGAAAUUUCUUGAAUCCAAGGCUGCAGCUUACUACUACCACGGUCUGAUCCUCGACAAGGGUUCGGAACCGUCGUGCCAUGUCAGUGCCGUGUGCUGUUUCCUUGCUGCAGAAGAGCUUCUUCUUGAAAGCAAGAGAGCCUGCUUGAGCUUCUGUCUUGCAUCUCCUGUCACCAGAUCUCCUCCACUUUGGGGAGCCAUGAAGCAUUUACAUCAGAAAAUCCCAGAAGUUGCUUCUAGGAAGUCUCAAAUGUAUGGAUAUCUGUUGGAACAAGAAAAGGCCCUUCAAGCAUUACCUGAAUUACCAGAAUUUCAGCUGUCGUUAAGGCCAGAGGAAUAUCAGCUGCCUGAGAUUGAUUCUUCAGCUUGGAGCUCUGAAAAUUGUGAAGCACAGAGUCAGACCUUGAAGGAACACCUCAAUGAUAGUGAUUAUGAGACUUUGUCUGAAUGACUUCUUUUAAUCUCUUUUGUUAAAUUUUAUUCUUUCUUCUGUAAGCUAAAAUAUAUGAAUAUCACUGAUUAUGGGCAUACUUAAGAAUCUAAUUCGAGGGUAUACACGGGUUGAGUUGAAUCGGGAUG